GCGCAUUACAGCUAGAAAAUAAUUAUUUUACCCAAACGUUAAAAAAUGGAUCUGAUAAAAUUCACAAUUUCUUUUUGUUUAAUUAUUUUCACACUAUUAUCUAAUUUUGUGACGAUGGGGGAAAAGAUUUUGCAACUGGAUUCGAACUGUAAACAGCCAUGGCCUAGCCGUUCGAAUACGACUAUAAGGUUUCGCCAACUGCACGAAACUUUAGUGCCACCCGAGUAUCACUUUCAACAACAGUAUCUGUCCAGUCUUAUAAACUGGACCUUGAAUCAAGCAUUGUUCCAGUAAUAAUGGGGGUAUCGUUUCAUUGGAAUGAUCCAAGGCUCGCAUAUGGACAACGAGAAGGGUGCAACCGAAGUUACAUUGUGCAAGAUAUUAAUCAUUUACCAAUUAGUUUCUGGCUUCCAUCGGCUUCUAAAGAUCCGGGGUAUCUUUGUAGUGCAGACCAACAUCAAUCAUAUACUGUCCUUUACAGAAAUGGAAAUGUUAGACUUUCCACCUACUUUUGGCCACAAUUUGACAACGUGACAAAAUUGGGGGGGAAGAAAUAUGUAGCUGAGGUGAACAUGAUACCUGAUGAAUUUGACGAUGAAGUGGUCUAUGAGUGGCGUCCUAUCACCGUCGGGUUUAAGGUCGUGCAUGGAUAUAAAAUAAGCGCUGUGUGGAAACAAUGCGUACCUGGUGUUGUUAAUAGCAGGAGAAAAACUUGUAUGCGAUUAGUCUUGUUCUUCACGGGGGAAUAGGGUAGGUAUGUAUAAAAGGAUUACAGAAGUGCAAAAAUGAUAUGGGAAAUAUAUGUAUAUUUUUACCGAUAUUUCGAAAAUUUAUCUUGCCAGCAGAUUACGAAAAUAUAAAAUUCAAAUUAUGAUAUUGUCUUGCAUUCCCUUAAAUAUUAUUCUACUUCAACUUCAACAAGAAUAAAUAAGGUGUUACAUUUACAACAAUUAAUAUGCUCUGUUUUCAAUUAAAUUUUAAAUGUCUAGAUAUUAUUUGCCUUUUUAUGUAUCAAAAUAUAAUUCUCCUGUUCUUUAUUGCUAAAUAUCAAUACUACACAGGAGUUGUACAUUUCCUAACCAAACUAUAAUUUAAAUUGUUAUAACAAUUUAUUUAAUUACACUUAAUGCAUUUAUUAAGUUCAUGGAAAGUCACAACCUCAAUAAAAUUUUGCAGUGGUCUCCAAAACAAAAUGCAGCUGUUUUUGUUAAUUGAUUCAUUUUUGCAUUUAAUAUCAUUUCAAUGAAAUUGUACUCACGAUGUGAGGGCAAACUAUGUUAAACCCAGAUCUUUUUAUGACCAUACCAUAGUUUAAUAGACCAACUGUUCAGAAAUAACGUUCAGAAAUAACGUUCUGUUCGGAAGUUGGGCGGAUAUGCAAAAUUUGGCAACUUUUUUGUGCGGCAAGUUCCAGAAACCGAGGGAUUCUCGCAGUAAAAAGUGCAAAACUCGUUUUCUGGAUGGAAAACGGCAAACUUUCAGCGCCCAUCAGUCGCUGAAUUUUGCAUAUCCGCCCAAGUUCCGAACCAACUGUUGU